AUCAUCACAAAAAAGGUAAAAAAAAAAAUUUAAAAAUCAGAUUCUUCAUCUUCUUCACACUCUCACAUUUCUCAAUUUUUUCUGAUUUUCACAUUUUUGCUUGCUUGAACUUGAAAAUCACAAUGUGUGUGUGUGAUUUAGGUUUUUCUGUAUUGUGUUUCUGUUUUUCUACUUACUCAGUGUGAAUUAUUUAUUUUUUUUGGUUUUUUUUUUUUUUUUAAAGAAGCAAAAUGCGUGUUGGAUUUAGGGUUUUUUGUUUGGAUGAUGCUGAGAAAGUGUGGGAAAAUGGAGGAAAAUUUUGUGGAAAAGUUGAGUGGUAGUUAUAAGUAGCUAUAGCAGCAUUUUCUGGAAACUCAGGAGCUAAGAAAAGGGUUUGGAGAGUUAAAGGUGGUAGUAACUUCAAAUUUCAACGAUUUUCUGAACCUACUUUUGAGCAUUUAAUGGCAUCAUCAGAUUCAGAUGAAGAGGGUGAGAUUGUUCCAGAUUCUGUUGAUAGUUAUUGGUUUGAGAAUGAUAAGGCGCAAUUUGAGUCAUUUUUUAAUUUGACAUUAUUGUGGAGUGUUGAUGAGGUCGAGUGUUUCUCAGAAACAAACGUGUUUUUACGUGGCACCACUGAUAAUGGCCUCCAGAAAAUUCACAAACAAAUUAUAGGAUGGAGAUUUGAACUUUCAUGUGAGCAGCCUGUGAUUUCAGUGCUCUUGAGGCAGAAAUACUGGAUAACACUUCUAAAACCGAGAAAAUGCUUUGAAAAUACUAUUAGGUCAGUCUUGGUCACAGUUUAUUGGUUGCAUUGUGUGAAACGGUAUCCAGAGGAAUCAAGAGUAUCUAUUUUGGUCAAACUUCUGAAGGAAUUUAGCUCAUUUGAUAAUCCACCAUCUGAGAAUGAUGUUCGAAGUCAUAUGACAUUGAUUCACGAGGCUUCCGAAAGGGACACUGAUUUAUCAAAAUCAAAGUAUCUGCUUAAUUUCAUAGGAAAGACAUGUUCAAAUGAAGACUUCCCCGAGGAUGUUCACACUACAAAGAAAACAAAAUUUAUAGUUGAAUCAGAGGAAGAGGAGGAGGAGGGGGAGGAGGAGAAGGAGGAGGAGGAGGUGGUGGAGGAGGAGAAGGAGGUAGAGGAGGAGUUGUUGGUGGAGGAGGAGAAGGAGGACGAGGUGGAAGUGGAGGAGGAGGAGAAGGAGGACGAGGUGGAGGAGGAGGAGAAGGAGGAGGAGUUGGAGUUGGAGGAGGAGAAUGACAAAUCUGACGGUGAAGGCGAACUCAUUGUAGAUGAAGAGCAAAAUAUUGGAUACGAUACUGUUUGUGCAAUUUGUGAUAAUGGCGGUGAAAUACUUCCUUGUGAAGGAAGGUGUCUGAGAUCCUUCCAUGCCACCAUAGAGGCUGGCAGAGAUUCACUUUGUGAUUCUCUUGGCUACACUAUUACUCAAGUUAAUGCUUUUCCAAACUUCUAUUGUGAAAAUUGUAAACAUAAGAAGCAUCAAUGCUUUGCAUGUGGCAGACUAGGUUCAUCGGAUGAAUCAUCUAACCCAGAGGUAUUUCCUUGUGUUACUGCAAAUUGUGGUCACUAUUACCAUCCUAAAUGUGUUGCAAGACUACUCUACCCUGGCACUGACCCCAAACAAGAGGCAAUGAGGAAGAACAUUGCAACCGAAAAAACAUUUGUCUGUCCUCUUCAUAUAUGUUCGCUAUGCAGAAAAGGUGAAAAUAGAAAUGUUCAUGAUUUGCAAUUUGCGAUGUGUAGACGCUGCCCCAAGGCUUACCACCGGAAAUGCUUGCCCAAGGAAAUUUCCUUCACAUUUGAUUAUUAUUUGGGCAUUGAGCAGAGGGCUUGGGAUGAUCUUCUUGACAACAGAAUUUUGAUGUAUUGCUUGGAUCAUGAGAUAGUUUUGAAACUUGGAACUCCUGCUAGAAACCAUCUGAUAUUUCCUAAUAAGGAAGUCAAAAGGAAGUUAGUCAGUUUCAAAUUAUUAAACAACGAGAAGGUUGCUAUACCGUUGAAGAGAAGUUUUGAUGACCUUCCUCCUAACAAGACAGUGGUGCCAAAACUAAUUUUAAAGGAAAGAGCUGGCCUUCAAAGUGGCAGUUCUUCGAAAAUUAUGGAGAAAAUAUGCUCUAAGCCAGAUACACAUCUGUCAACUGGACCAGAUAAUUUUGACAGGGCUAGAAAAUAUUUGAAAGUUGAAACGGCGUCUGGGUCAAAUAGGUCAUUACCAAAUUAUGAAAACAGAGUGCCUUUGAAAAAUAAUAACUUGUCCUGUAUUCCAAGGCAGCCUGAAGCUAGAUCCCAACAGCAAAAAUCUGUUGGUAGAAUUGAAGAAACAAGCUUAAAGAUGCCUCUGGUAAAAAAAGUCAAAACUUCACUCGAGCAUAGAAAAGCAGAAAUGGAAAGCCGAAUUUUAUCUUUAAUGGAAGAAGUCACGUCUAAUCUGAACAUGGAAGAAUUUAAAAAGGACCAUCAACUCUUUUCAAGUUUCACAGAAACUGCAUUUCAUAAGAGUGUUACUCACGGAAAAGUUGAAGGUUCUGUUAAGGCUAUUAAAAUAGCUUUGCAGAAGUUAAAUGAAGGAUGUAGUAUUGAGGAAGCAAAAGCUAUUUGUGGGCCAGAAAUUAUUCGUCAGAUUUUUACUUGGAAGAAGCAGCUCAAGGUCUAUCUUGCACCUUUUCUUCAUGGCAUGCGAUAUACUUCAUUUGGUCGCCAUUUCACUAAAAUAGACAAGUUGAAAGAGAUUGUUGAAAGGCUUCAUUGGUAUGUGCAAAGUGGUGACACGGUUUUGGACUUCUGUUGUGGCGCAAAUGACUUCAGCUGUCUAAUGAAAUCAAAGCUUGACCAGACUGGAAAGUCUUGUUCAUUUAAGAACUAUGAUUUAUUCCAAGCUAAGAAUGAUUUCAACUUUGAAAAGAGAGAUUGGAUGACUGUCCAGGCUGAGGAAUUACCCCAUGGUUCUCAACUUAUCAUAGGGCUGAAUCCUCCUUUCGGUGUCAACGGCUCUCUUGCUAACAAAUUUAUUAACAAGGCAUUGACGUUUAAGCCAAAACUCCUUAUACUUAUUGUGCCAAAAGUAACAAGAAGACUUGACAGAAACAAAGGUGGAUAUGAUUUAAUUUGGGAAGAUGACGAAAUAUGUUCAGGAAAGUCAUUUUAUCUACCUGGUUCUGUCGAUACUCAACAUAAGCAAUUGGAAGACUGGAACCUGAAGGCACCGCCUCUUUACCUUUGGAGUCGCCCUGAUUGGACUUCUUGGCACAUGGGAAUUGCUCAAUAUCAUGGCCACAUAAAACACAACGAUUGUGCACCUAGCUUUGCUUUAUGAAGUGGAAUAGAAUGGGAGGAUGGAUUACCUAAAAUGAAGCUGAAGAUUAUUUUUUCUUUACAUGGAAUUAUUAUCUCUAGAAUGAGGAUGAUUGGGUGUAGAAACAUUACAAUGAUAAUAAUGUAAAUAAAAAUGUUAUUGGAUAAAGUAUCUAGUAGUUUAGUGUAAGGUUUUUUUUGUUGUUGUUGAUAAUCGUAGUUUAGUGUACGUAACACUUGACCUAUAGGCUAACUAAUGUGUUUUGAUGAUGGUAUAUAUAAUGACAAAAGGGUUUUGUUAAACCCCAAACAACAAAAA